AGUCUGUAAUCCAGAAAAAAUUGUAAGCAAACCUUGGAAAAGAGGCAGAGGAAAAUGACAAUUCAACAAUGAAUCAUUUUGUUUUCCUUUCAACAACUUCUCAAGCAACCAGUUUCAAAGGAAACCUCCAAUACUUUCCCCCUCCCCGCGCACACACAGGCACACACACGCGCGCACACACACACACACACUCACAAUCUAUGUAAAACUACCUCUCUUCCUUUCCAAAACCUUAAAAAAAUAAAAAUAAAAAUAGAAGCCACUCUCUUUCACAGAGCAAAACUCAAACAUGGUAGUAAGAAUCCUAUUCUGCUCCAAGUGAUUUUGGGUUAGUAAUCACACAGAACAGAGAACUGGAGAUUUAGAACACAAAGAAGGAAUCUCUCCCUAAUGGGAAAAUGAUACUUUAAGAAAAGUCCUCCCCCAAGACCCCCAAAUCCACAAACAUUCAAGAAACGUACACUGUGGGUCUUUGACUUCCUUUCCUUUCCCCCACUCCCCCCCACCCCCAGUUCGGCCAAUAAUUCAGUCACAUGAAACAGUUUAACCUCAGACAAGUCAAACAAGAGCAUGAAUAAGCAGCAGAGAGGGAACAGGGGUCAGCAGGCGAGUGGGACAGUGACCUGGCCCGCACAGGGCCGAAGAAGUCCCCGGCCCUUUAUGCCCGCCCCCCCACCACCACCGGGCGCGCGCGGCUCGCACGCCGGCCUGCCCUUCCCGGCUCCCGGCGGACCCGGGCGUCCACGCCGGCCCCCUGCCACCCCAUGUCCGUGCCCAGGACGAGGGGCCAGGAGAGAAGGUGGCCGCCACGCGCCGGCAACUUGGACACUUACCUUCCCCGGAUGCGCUACACCAUCAAUGGAGCUUUUCAUACAACUGAUCGCGACCUCCUACCUGACAGACUCUUUCGGCUGGGCCGCCGGGACACGAUCCUCCUGGUUUCCUGUUGCCUCACAAGGGAGUAUCUCUCAGUGUUUUUCAGUGAUUCCUUUGCUUCUCCCCAGCCUCUGAGCGUUGUAGCCCCCAGGGUUAGUCCUUUUCUGCACCUACAAUCCGUCCCCUGUUGAUUCCAUUCCAUUCACUGUCAUGACUUUAAAGACCACCUAAUUGCUGAUCAUUCUCAAGUGUACGUCUCCGACCCAGACCUCCCUCCUGAACCCCAGACUCCUUCAGCAUCUCCACCUGGAUGUCUAAGGUAUGUCAACUUUAAUAUCCCCAAACUAAGCACCUGCCCACCUGAGGUCUUCCCCAUCUCAGUCAACAGCAACGCCAUUCUUCCAGGCGCUCAAACUAAAACCUUUGAGUCUUUCACAUCCACAUCCAAUCCAUCAGAAAAAUCCUAUUGGCCCUGCCUUCUAACGACGUCCAGGAGCUGACUGCUUCUUACCACCUCUGCCACCACCAUCAUAGUGCAAGUCGCUGUCGUCUCUUGCUUGGAUCAUUGCAGUGGGCUCUUAAUUUCUGACCCUCUAGAUAGUCUAUUCCCAAUUUGGUAGCUGUGAUUUUUUAUGGUAUAGGUUAGGGCGCCUGGAUGGCUCAGUGGGUUAAGUGUUAAGUGGGGUAAGUGGGUUA